GGAGCGAUUAGUACACUUGCUAGGGUGAUUUUAGUGCAUCAAGGGUCAUUGUCCCAAUUGCAACGAAGUUCACUGGCAAAGAGAGGGGCUUCUCAAAAUUGCAACGUAUGGGAAUUGGCCUCUUUAUUUCUAUCCUGUGUAUGUCAGCUGCCGCUUUGGUAGAGAUUAAGCGAUUGCAGCUUGCUAGAGAGCUUGGCUUAGUUGAUAAAGAUGUUGCUGUGCCAAUGAGCAUCUUUUGGCAAAUACCCCAAUAUUUCUUGUUGGGGGCUGCAGAGGUCUUUACAUGUAUUGGACAGCUUGAGUUCUUCUACGAUCAAUCUCCAGAUGCCAUGCGGAGUCUAUGCAGUGCAUUGUCACUUCUAACUACAUCUUUAGGGAAUUACCUGAGCUCUUUUAUUCUGACUCUGGUAACUUAUUUUACGACAAUGGGAGGAAAGACAGGUUGGAUCCCGGAUAACCUGAAUGAGGGUCAUCUUGACUAUUUCUUCUGGCUUUUAGCUGGUCUCAGCUUCCUGAACAUGCUGGUCUAUAUUGUCUGUGCUAAGAAGUACAAGCAGAAGAAGGCUUCUUAAAUCUUUUUUAUACAGUUGCGAGGAAGUCAAUCGUUGAAAUGAAAUUCACUGCAAUGUACAUAAUUACCACAUAUUUGAUGAAACUAUAUAUAUAUGUAUCAUACCGGAUAAGUUGCAUUUUCUAUGAUAAUAAGAUGGGCGGUUAUUA